CCAGACUCGGCAUGCGCUAGUCCUUCCGGCUUACACGAGGCCGCUCGGGUGGGACUGUGGGACUGUGGGUGCACCUUACGGACUACCGCGCUGUCCUGGCUGCAACUGUUGUUUCUUGUCCGGCCUGGCCGCGGGCCCCCAAGCCCCUCCCCCCCCAGCCAACAUCGCCAUUAGCACAACACCAUCAGGAUCGACAUAGCACGAUGCUACCAACAGUUGAACGUAUGCAUGCCUGCGUAUCUCAUCCUGAAGUCCCCAAGGGCCAAGGGGGCAAGGAUGGUCCAAGGGGAUGGGCCUAAAGCAUUCUUGCCCUCAACUUGAAGUGCUCUCCUGAUAUUCCCUGGUCCCCUCGCCCUCGCUCUCGCCCUCAGUCAGCCUUGACUGGGCUUCCCGGCCCUUCGUGUGUAUCCCAAAGGAUUCCUGCCACCCUCAUCCUGCCCUUCCAUCCGAACCCCUCCUCUGGUCCCUCUGUCCUUCUUGCCCUCGACUUAUAUCAUGACCCGUCUCCUUCCGUCUCCCGUCCCUUCGGCUCGCCUCUCUGAUCUCUGAUCCCCUUCCUUGGCACCUCGCAGCCCUGACUGCAGUCUUGACUUUGGAGUGAGCCUUGACUCGAUCCCACCGCACAGCAUGGACCGGCAAUCGGGCUCUCACUUGCCCAUACCCGUGACGCCAAAGGAGAGCCCGUCGCAGGAACCCCUCCUGACCCCCCAGAGGCAGAAGAGGAGGAGCAGGGAGAAGAGGACAAGCUUUGGCCUUUUUCCAAGGCAGAAGACCUCGCCAAUAUGGAGGCCAUCCACCGGCCACUCGCCACCUACACCGCAGUGGCCGCUUCCGCGCAUGCCCAUACGCAUUCACGACGAGAACCCAGCCGUCACCAAGACCUAUACACAGCCUCGUGAUGCGCCGCUACCUCCGCCUCCCCGCGCAAACAGCAUCCGGAGCAGCACCAGCAGCACCGAGACCCUGGCCAACGAUCCCAACAGGGGCCAACGGCCGCGCGAUCAGCCACUGUCCUCACCAUCCCCCACAAACCCACACCACCCGCGCUCUCCGCGCUCUCCCUCCCGCUCCCCCUCCAGCCCUCCUCGCCCGGCUUAUUUCCCUCCGAAUCACCAGCGCGGGGGUAGCGGCUUUCAGACAAGAUACCUGAACAUGCUGCUCAAUCUGGACAAGAUCCCGCGUGCUCACAACAUCUUCUCCAAUCUGUUCGCGUGGCUGGUCCUUCUCGCCUUUGUACUCGCCCCCUGCAACUUCACGGGCUUCCCGGCCGACAGCUCCUUGAUGGUGAGCGAUGACGAAAGCCCGUCGUCCAUGCCGCUGACCACGACCGCCACCCUCGCCAAGAUCCCGUCCGUUCCCCUGCUGGCCGUCUGCUGCGCCGCCUUCUCCCUCGGCGUCCUGGGGAUGUUGUGGCUCGCAGUCGUAUGGAGGCGGAAUUACAUAUGGCUGAUGAACCGGAUCUAUCUACCUCUUAUCCUCAACAGUCUGGCGGGCUUCAUCGCAACCAUGGUGGUCGUCCACGUGCAGCAUGGUUGGCACUGGUCCGUUGCGGCCCUGGUCACCGUCUCAAUCGAGGGCGCCAGCCUGGCAAUUGGCCUAAGCCUGUUCGCACUCUAUCAAUACUGGCUCCUGGCCAAGCUCAAGAGAGAGCAUUACCGGGAGACCAGUAGGAAGAGGACCGUCGACCUUGUCAAGGCCGGAAAGGCACCUCCAUUUGCGCCAGGAAGUGUUGUAUGAUAUGUAAGAUGUGUAACGCUUUUCCCUUCUGCGCGAUGCGCCAUGUAUUUUUGAAUCUUUUUAUCUAGAGCAGGGUGCUUUGGUUUUGGUGGCGUAUUCAAGGGUUGCUAAAGGUCUCAUGAUGUUUUUGAUGCGGGGCAAUGAGAUACCAUGGUGUUAUAGGUACAUACACACACACUGAUUUAUUCGCAUUGGAAAUGGUAGAUAUCAAAUGCGAUGGUCAAGCAUUGCGUUGCUCAAAAAAUAGAGCCAAUCACACUACCGCUUGCCUAUA